CGCUUACUUUCAUAUUCUACUAAACACGUGAAACCAGACCCAAUCGUUUCUAUCAAAACAAGUGAACUUCAAAAAAAGUGUUUGUUUAUAAAGCUUUCCUCUUUCUUCUACUGCUCACUUUCAUAUCAUAUCAUAAUCACCCGCUAAUUUCGAAACCUCGAAAAACAAAAAUGGCUUCGCGUCUUGGAGUCUCCCUCCGCGCCGCCUUAACGGCAUCUCGCGCCCCGCACUUCGACGACGGAACACGCCGUCACUCCUCCUCCUCCUCCUCGAUUUUCCCGGCGCUAUUCCCGAACCGGAGGAAUCGAACCGGAUUGAGGACGCUUAGGGUUUCAAAUGACGGACCCGAGUCGUACCUCGAUAUGUGGAAAAACGCCGUCGAUCGCGAGAAGAAGGAGAAGGCCUUCGAGAAGAUAGCCGAGAAUGUAGCUUCCGAUGGCGAGAAAGACCAAGGAGAUUUAGACCUAAACAACAAGAAGAAGAGCGACGAAUUCCAGAAGAUCUUGGAAGUUUCCGUCGAGGAGAGGGAUCGGAUUCAGCGGAUGCAGGUCGUUGAUCGCGCCGCCGCGGCUAUCUCGGCCGCCAAAGCGAUUCUCGCCUCUAACAGUUCAGGCGACGGCGAAAAUGGUUUUCAAGAUGAUGAAGAGAAGAGUGACGGAACCGAGACUCAGAACAAUGCUAAAUCCAAAGGGAUGUGGAGCAGAACAGUGUAUGUUCCUCGGUCUGAAGCUUCUGGUUCCGAGACACCAGGGCCUGACUUUUGGUCUUGGACACCUCCUCAAGAUAGCGAAAUGAGUUCCAAUGUGGACUUGCUGCAGGCUGCAGUCAAGCCUGCAGAGUUUUCAACCACUGUAUUGGAGAAAGAACCUUCAGCUGACUCUCUUUCCAUACCUUACGAGAGUAUGCUCUCCACCGAAAGACAUAGCUUUGUUAUCCCUCCUUUUGAGUCUUUGAUCGAGGUUAAGAAAGAGACGGAGACAAAGCCCACGUCAGCGGAGCAUGACCUUGAUGCCGAUUCUUCGGCGAAUGCGGAAGAAGCGGCUCGUGUUCUUGACGGUUUGGAUGAUUCUGCGUCCUCUGGGGUCAGCCAAGAGGGGUUGAAGUGGUGGAAGCAAACGGGUGUUGAGAAACGCCCUGAUGGUGUGGUUUGCAGGUGGACUAUGAUACGUGGUGUUACUGCUGAUGGUGUUGUUGAGUGGCAGGACAAGUAUUGGGAGGCUUCUGAUGACUUUGGGUUUAAGGAACUUGGUUCUGAGAAAUCUGGACGUGAUGCCGCUGGAAACGUGUGGCGUGAGUUCUGGAGAGAGGCGAUGAUGCAGGAGAAUGGUGUUGUGCAUAUGGAGAAAACAGCAGAUAAAUGGGGAAAGAGUGGACAAGGUGAUGAAUGGCAAGAGAAGUGGUUUGAGCAUUAUGAUGCUACUGGAAAAUCAGAAAAAUGGGCUCACAAAUGGUGCAGCCUUGACCGUAACACACCACUUGAUGUUGGCCAUGCUCAUGUCUGGCAUGAGAGGUGGGGAGAGAAGUAUGACGGGCAAGGAGGAAGCACAAAGUACACAGACAAGUGGGCAGAAAGGUGGGUAGGGGAUGGUUGGGACAAAUGGGGAGACAAAUGGGACGAGAACUUUAACCCUAGCGCUCAGGGAGUGAAGCAAGGAGAGACUUGGUGGGAAGGGAAGCACGGUGACAGGUGGAACAGGAGUUGGGGUGAAGGACAUAACGGUUCGGGUUGGGUACACAAAUACGGGAAAAGCAGUAGCGGAGAACACUGGGACACACAUGUGCAACAAGAGACUUGGUAUGAGAGGUUCCCUCACUUUGGUUUCUUCCACUGUUUUGACAACUCUGUUCAGCUCCGAGCUGUUCGGAAGCCUUCUGAUAUAGAAAAUGAUGGAGAAAAGCAAUAAUUAUAUUAAUAUAUCGUUUGGUACACUGAGAACUACUUGCUCUCUGAUGAUUUACUUGUUGCCGUGGGUUUAAUAGGUGUUCCCUAAGUUUGUGCGGUAAGGUAGUGUUAUAUUUGUCAAAAAUGUAGUGUUGUAUAAAUAAAGGAAAUUAUUUAACUUGUC